AUGGCAGAGGAAGAUGUCGAACACACUGAGCGGGAAGCGGAACCUACGGAACACUCGCCUUUGCUGAAAGCACCUGAAGAAGCCACUUGGAAACCUCCUCGAGCCUUCUUCUGGAUUGAAUUGGCUAUCUUCACCAACGUCUUCCUCUACGGCUUCGACGGCACGAUCACAGCUUCAACAUACGCCAUCAUAUCCAGCGACUUCAACGCCGCCAACUCCGCUUCCUGGCUCACAACAUCCUACCUCGUAACAUCAACCGCUUUGCAACCACUUUACGGCCGCUUCUCUGACAUAUUCGGAAGACGCAUAUCCUUCUUCGUAUCGACCACGACCUUCGCGCUGGGCUGUCUGGGAUGCGGCUUCGCGCAGGAUGUUGUCAGUGUGAACUUGAAGAGAGCAUUGACGGGUUUUGGAGGAGGCGGUCUGAUGACGAUGGCAACGAUUAUCAAUUCUGAUAUGAUUCCGUUCCGAACACGGGGCAUCUACCAAGCGCUGCAGAACACGGUCUUCGGCGCGGGCGCUAUCGCUGGCGCUUCGUUUGGUGGGGCUAUUGCGGACAGUGUUGGCUGGCGGUGGUGUUUUCUGCUACAGGUGCCUAUAUCUGUAAUCGCGUUUGGGGUGGGAUGGAUUGUGGUGCGGAACCCUGAGAGGAGUUAUGGGGGUGGCACGAUGAAGGAGGUGUGGGAGAAGGUGGACUUUGCUGGGGCGCUGGUCUUGGUGACUGCGUUGUCGAUUCAGCUGGUUGGGCUUAGCAUUGGUGGUAAUGAGUUGCCUUGGAGCCAUCCGGUGGUUCUCGCAUCGCUGGGGUGCAGCGUUGUGCUGAUCGUGCUGUUCUUCUGGAUCGAGGCGAGGACGACUGCGAUGCCGGUCAUUCCGUUGAGGAUGUUUAAGAGGAGGUUGUCGCUGUUGAUACAGCUUACGAAUUUGUGUGCGGGUACUGCUGCGUAUUCUUACCUGUUCAUGCUCCCCCUUUUCUUCCAGGUCGUCCUGCUCGACUCUGCCGCUAAAGCGGGCGCCCGCCUGGCGAUUCCCUCCCUUGCCACUCCCCUCGGCGGUAUCAUUGCAGGCUUCGUCAUGUCUCGCUACGGCAGACUCAUCUGGCUUGUGCGGACCGGAGCUCUGCUCAUGGCGUUCGGUAACGCUCUGGUCACUUCGCUCGGCUUCUCGGACGUGUUUUGGAAGUACUAUGUUUUCAUCUUCUCAGCCAGCCUAGGCCAGGGCAUCAUGUAUCCUGUCACGCUCUUUACGAACCUCGCCACCUUCGAGCAUUCGGACCAUGCCGUGUCGGCAAGUACAGUGUACCUAGUCAGGUCUGUGGGGAGUGUAUGGGGCGUUGCGAUCUCGAGUGCGAUCGUGCAGACUACGCUUAAGUGGAGGUUGCCUGAAGCGAUGGGAAAUGUCGACAACAAAGCUGAGCUCAUCGAUGGGAUCCGACAUUCUGUCACUGCGCUUCGACACUUGCCGGAGUCGAUUCAGCUACCGGUGCGGCAUGUCUAUUACAAUGGCAUACGCUCCGCCUUUGCGGUAUCGACUGGUAUCAUGGUACUGGGGAUCCUCUUUGCGCUGCUGGCGAGGCCUAGUGGUCUGCGUAGCACGAAGUGA